AUGUAUAUGCAGCAGCUAUACAAGACUAGUGCCAAUCCAAGUCAUUAGGAUUCUAAUGUGAUAACUGCAACUGCAAUGGGUGGACUUCUCAAUCAAAGCUCUAACAUUCAGUUAAAUUUAUAAUCAACACACACAAAUAAUCAGAUUCAGCAAAUGAUAUUAGACUAAUAUGACUUAGAUGGAUCUACUCCCUCUCAUAAUAUGGCAAGCAAGCAAAUGAUGUAUAGACCCAAAUCAGCAAUCCCUUACAAUAUAUCGCUUGAGAUUCGCAGCAAAUCUGCUCUGAAUAAUUCAACUGACAUGAGAAAGCAGCUAUAAUAGCAGAACCAAUCAAUAUUAUAUCAAAAUUAAUACUUAAAGCAAGGAGCAUUCAAUCAAUAACUCAAGAAUUUGUUUGUCAAAUAAGCACCUAAAGAGAUCAUAGAUAUCCAUUUGCCCGCCUUUCAGAGUAAGAUACAAUGCAUUACUAAUGCUUUGACUGGUCCCAAUAUCAACGCUACAUAAGGCUUGAAUAUAAGUGGAAGUGCUUUGAAUAAUAACCUCGGCAAUAGCUUUUAAGUUACUACACUUCUUAACAACAACCCUGCAGAAGAGACUUAGCAAUCUUUACUCUACACAAUUCAAAAAGCACAAUAGGAAUAAAAUAAUUCUUUCUUUUUGCAGAGAGGAAUGCUAAGCAAUACCUUCUCAAGCAAAAAUAACAUCAAUGAUAGUUCACCAGAGUAAUAACUGCAGCCUAAAGUAGCUUUGAUUGAUGAAUCUCGAGUAAUUAAAUAAAAAACAUUUGUUAACAGUAAGUUGCACUCAAACACAUCACAGUUGACAAGUGCUAAAUUUAAUAAGAGCACUUCAAGGCAAUAGCCAUAAAUUCAGGCUAAAAACAAUACUAAUUCUAUUAAUAAUUCACAGAAUAUGCAUAUAAGGAACAGCUAUGAGCACGGUGGAAUAGUAGAGUACUCCUGUAUACCAAUCAGAGAUGGGAAUUAAGACAUAUUCGAGAAUGAAGGUUAAAACUCUCAGAGAAAUAACUCAAAUGAAGCAGCAUUCAGGCAAUCAAAGAGUCAAAAUUCUAAUAGAUUCAACUUAAAGGAAGCCCUAGAAACAAGUAUUGGAAUACUACCAUCAGCUGGAGCUGGUGCAACUGCAAAGAAAAGCAAAAGUAAAAAGUCAAAGGAGGGCAAUAGUAUUAGUAGCAAAUAUGGGGGAAAGAGUAAAAAAAGCUAAGACAUAACUGAGAGUGUUGUACAUGCAACACUAAACAAAGGUCAGACUCAUAUUCCCAACGACUAUCAGACGCCGCUCUCAAAUAAUUAUCAAAAUUAGAUUAUGCAUGGUAAAUUGCAGAAGCAGUUAAUGAACUGUGCCCAAAAUUUUCAUAUAAUUAAUAAGAGAUUCGCUUAGAGGUUAGGCAGUCAGUCUCCAGAUUUUGCACUUGCAUAAUAAAAUCUGAAAGAUGAAUAGAAAUCUCAAUUGCUAAAGUAGAUAGAGGAAACAAAUAAAAAUCUUGAAAAUGUUAUGGAUGGGAGUACUUUUGGUGAUUGCAUUAUAAAUCUUACAUAAACUGAUAGGAAAUACCUCGACUACUUCAAACCUUAGUUUUACCGAUCCAACUCUAUAAGUAGUUAAAAUCAAAACUAGAACAAUGCUAUUCCCAUGUCAAGAUGCCACAGAAAUUCUAUCAGACAAGUUACAAGAAACAGUGUGGGUCUUGAUCCCAAAUCUAAAACUUCAUUUGCCAAGUCUGGCCAAAAUAACUCAAACCAGUUGAUGACUUUGAACUUGAAUGAGAGAAGUUAAGACCAUUUCAAUGAAAAUUUGGAGUUAAGUCAUGAUGUGAAAGUUAUAUAGCUUGAUGUUAAAUACAAGGAAAAAGAUACAACUAAUUAAGAGAUUAAUAGCUCAGAGUACAAGAACAAUUUAAAGAGCUUCAUCGAUUCUAAAAAGAGUAUCGUACAAAAAGAUAAGAGCUUUCAAAAAGCAAAUCAAGAAAAUCAUGAAAGAUCGACGAAAGGAAUAUACGAAGAGGCUAUUUCCCCCAAAAAUUUAUCAACCAUUAGGAAAAAUGUUGAAGGUCUUUAGUCUCAUGAGCAAAUGAUGCCGGUACUAACUGAGGAAAACCAAAGGUCUCACUACAAGACUGAGCAAACCAAUAGAUAAAUGAUAGUAAACGCAAAAUCUCAACACAUUUCCUCCGAAAUAAGUAUGCAUGGACUUCAUCACAAUAACAUUCAACCUCUGGUAAAUAUCAACUAUCUCAGAAGAAUACAUCUAGAGUCACAGAAAGACUAAAUUAAUGAAAGCCCACUUGGCAACAGCAAAGGGAAGUUCGGUAAAAAGGGGAAAUAGAUAGAAUAGAGAUAGGUGCUUUAGUCUUAGUACUAAUUAUGCGAAGGUCAAUUUCAAGAUUAAAAGCAAGUUAGGAUUAGAAAGCAAACUUCUAGUUUAGCGGCUAAAAAGUUAUAAAUGAGUCGAUACAGCUAGCAAUCUCAAUCUAUCAUUAAGGAGGAGAGAGCUAAAAAUAUCAAGCAUUCAAAGGACAAGAUUCAGAGACUCUACAACUUUAAAAAUGAAUUUCCACUUAAAGAGCUUCAAUACUCUAAGGUCUAGAGUAUUUAGCAUUAUCCACUUCUUGAUGGAAAACAGCAAUUUUUACUGUAGCAAUAAAUGAUGCUCAAUAAUAACAGUCAACUUCUAGAAUAAAUAAAUGAAUCGCCAUAAGUCGAUAUAAACAAGAAUCAAGUCUAAAGACCAAUAACUGAAAUGAGAAUAAAGGAAAAUCUAAAUAAAUCAUAAAUAAGUGAAAAGCUGCCUCAACUUAAUCAAGAAUAAGAGUAGUACUUUGAUUAUCUCAACUAAGAACUCAAAGCACAGUAAAUCUAAUUUAACUAGUAUUCAAAUGAUGCAUUUACAGAGUAAAUCAAAAGUAGUUAGGACAGAUAAGGUGGUUAAGGUUACUACUCUCAGAAUAAUAGUAUAUAUCAAGCAUAGUCAAGUGAUUUUAACGGUGGAUCAGAUUUAAAGUCAAGUACUCGGGUUUAAGAUCCUCGAUAUAAUCAGAAAAUCCAAAUGAAAGUUUAACUUAAUAGAGAAGGUCUCAGAAGUGUGCAAGGACAUAGAAAUAUAAUCAAAGGUGAAAAAUCAUUAGAUGAAUCAACAAAUAAAUCCAAAAAGACGAACUUAAGAUAAAUCAGGCCAUCAACUUAAAUGUCAUUGGAAUAAUAAGAGGAACAUAGAAGCUUGAUAACAAGUCUCAAAGCUUAAUUGCUUGAAGAUGACUUGGAGUUAUUUGACUUGUUAAAGAUUUGUGGUGGGUUUAAAUUUGAUUAAUAAAAGAUGAAUAGACUGCUUUUGGAUAGGAUAAAGUAUGGAUCUGGGUAUAGGCAGGGAAGAGUACUUAUUUCUAAGAAAAUAGGAUCAGAUAGUAGUGGGUUCAAUAAUACUGAGUUCGAGAAAGAGAUAAGAAGGAGAUUAGAGGAAUUGGACAAAGAAAUAGUUUACUCUAAGAUCGACUUGCAAUAGUAAUAACUGCAAAUAAACUAGAAGAAUUCAUCAAUGAGAACAUCGCAGUUAGCAGAAAUUCCAGGAAAACUGCCAAUGUCUGAAAUGAUAAGUGGUGUCGGAUCGCAGAGAGAAUUUAAUAAUGAUCAUGAAAGCAUAAAUGAAUAUGAGUCGAAUAUAUCAAAGACUCCAUUCAAAAAUAUGUAACAGCCUCCAAGUAUAGUCUCUUAAAAUGCUGUUGGUGAAUUCACUCUUAUUGACUAAAAAUUACAGGUCAGAAGAUAUAGUAAUAUAAAAAUUUAAGAUGAGUAAAGUUAGUUGCAAGUUAAGGUAUAGAGGUAGAUCAGCACUCCAAUAGACUUAGAUGAGUUAGAGAGAUAAAACCCCGAUGCUUUAAACUACCAGCGUAUUAUGAAUUAGCGCAAGAAUUAUCAGCAAAGUCCACUUAUAAAGAGAAAAAUGUCUAAGACCCCCUCUGUCAUUGGGAAAGCCACAUCUAACUUAAGUUAGAUGAAAGAUACUCAUGAAGCCAGUUUUGAGUCUAUCAAUAUUGAUCAACUUAAGAAUAAUAAGCUUCUUAAUUCACAUCUAAAGAACUAAAAUUAGUCAUUGCUGAUGAAUCAGCAGCAAUAUUAAGUUGAUUCCUUUACCAUGAAUACAACAGCAAACAAUCAGACUCAAAAUAGAGAUAUCGAUUAUGUCUCAUAGUUUGGCAAUGAGUCAUCUAUUCAAAAUGCUUAGAGAUCUAAUUUCAAAGAGAAUUUUUAUUAGAAGCGCAAGAGACCAUAGUAAAGUUCGUUAAUGACUAGAAAACGAAAUGAUGGAUUCCAGAGAGGUGAUCAGCUAGCUAAUGAGUCGCUUUUGAUUAUGGGCAAUAAGAAUAUUUUGAUUAAGAAAUAGGAGAAGUAUAAAACCAAAACAUAUAACAAUCAAAAUACAUCUUUUAAUGGAGGAACUUAUGAGUCCUUAUGGAACUCUAAGGGUAACUUUGACAUUAGUGCAGUUACUCUCACAUGA